CGGACUUUGUAUUCCUAGUAAACUCAAUUUGCAUGUUUGUCUUUCUCCAAACGUCAGAUUUCCAACGGUGACAGCUGCACUGCCGAGCGACCCGAUCAGUACCAGUCGUCAUGUCUCAUAGCAACGGUACCAGUCACCAUGUCAGUAAGGACGUGUGGGCGUCUCACAACAAGAUGAUGCAGGAGCCACUCAGCUCCAACGACUCUGAGGUGUUCUCCAUCAUCAAGAGAGAGAAGCACCGUCAGACCUUCGGCCUGGAGCUGAUCGCAUCAGAGAACUUCACCUCCAGAGCUGUUCUAGAAGCCCUGGGCUCCUGUAUGAACAACAAGUACUCAGAGGGGUAUCCUGGACAGAGGUACUACGGUACAGAACAUGUUGAUGAGUUGGAGCGUCUGUGUCAGAGGAGAGCUCUGGAGGCCUACGGACUGGACGCUGACAAGUGGGGAGUUAACGUACAGCCAUACUCAGGCUCCCCUGCUAACUUUGCUGUGUACACGGCGAUUGUGGAGCCUCAUGGGAGGAUCAUGGGUCUGGACCUCCCUGAUGGAGGUCACCUGACGCACGGCUUCAUGACGGACAAGAAGAAGAUCUCUGCCACAUCCAUCUUCUUUGAGUCCAUGCCCUACAAGGUGGAUCCAGACACUGGUCUCAUCAACUACGACCGACUGGAGGAGAACGCCCGGCUGUUCCACCCUAGACUGAUCAUCGCAGGUACCAGCUGUUAUUCCCGUAACCUCGACUACGCUCGGCUGCGUCGUAUCGCCGAUGAGAACGGAGCUUUCCUAUUGGCCGACAUGGCACACAUCAGCGGACUGGUGGCGGCCGGGGUCGUCCCGUCUCCGUUCGAGUACUGUGACGUGGUCUCCACGACGACCCACAAGACGCUGCGGGGCUGUCGCUCUGGGGUCAUCUUCUACAGAAAGGGAAUACGUAGUGUGGACCCUAAGGGAAAGGAGACUCUGUAUAAUCUGGAGUCUCUCAUCAACCAGGCAGUGUUCCCAGGACUACAGGGAGGACCCCACAACCACGCCAUCGCAGGUGUGGCGGUGGCCCUGAAGCAGGCUCUGACCCCAGAGUUUAAGGGGUAUCAGUACCAGGUGCUCUCUAACUGCAGAGCUAUGGCCAACGCCCUCAUCAACCACGGGGGUUCUGAUAACCAUCUGAUCUUACUGGACCUGAGGCCCAACGGGACGGACGGAGGACGAGCUGAGAAGGUUCUAGAAGCUGCUGCCAUCGCCUGCAACAAGAACACCUGUCCAGGUGAUAAGAGUGCGUUGCGUCCCAGCGGUCUGAGGUUCGGCUCUCCUGCUCUGACCUCCAGAGGAAUGGUUGAAGACGACUUCAGGAAGGUCGCAGAGUUCAUCCACAGAGGUAUCCAGGUGACCCUGGACAUCCAGGCCUCUCUGCAGCCCAAGGCCACCCUGAAGGAGUUUAAGGAGGCCCUGGCAGGGGAGGGGAAGCACCAGGAGAGGGUAGCAGAGCUGAGGGGGGAGGUGGAGGCUUUCGCUGGGGGGUUCCCCAUGCCUGGUCUGGAGGAACUUUAAAGACCCGUUUUCAAGAUGAAAUGUUUUCAUGUCACCUGCCACAUCAUCAUACCUCUUGAAUAUCCUUUAUCUUGAAAACUUGACUGCUGACCUGCAAAACUGACUGUUUCCUUCUCUGCUGUCCUCUGCCUUACCGGUUUGACUGACUGGUUUGUUCCCUGCCUUAACGGUUUGACUGACUGGUUUGUCCUCUGCCUUAACGGUUUGACUGA